CAACGGCAACGACUGCGACGCCAGUCGACGGGACAGCGACAACGGCUACGAUCGUACCGGAAACGGUUGCCGCCAGUAUGAAGCUACUGGGUGGUCACGAUGACGGUGGCGGACGAAAUGCGGCCCCAAUCCGUACGCAGGACGAUGCCGCCGUCGGUUACGUGUUUCAGCGGCAUCCGAACGAGACCGAGUUCAACCAGUUCGCACAGAAGCAGUCCCGGUGGGCUUCCGGGGAUGACACCAUUAUCGAUAACCAAGACAAGUGGAAGUACAACCCCGCAAUACCGAACAACGCGCCCGGUGGUCUGUUGCCUCCGCCGAUCGUAUCCGGCGUAAAGCAACAGCAGCAAGUAGCACAACAGCAGCAGCAACAACAGCAGCAGCAAUCGCUUCAACAGCAGCCACCCAUGCAGCUGCCCCACCAACCGCACCAACAUCAGGUGCAACAGCAGGUUCAGCAGCAACAAGUGCAGCAGCAACAGCAGCAACAGCAGCAUCAGCAAUUACAACAGCAGCAGCAACAGAUGCAACAUCAGCAGCAUCAACAGCAACAGCAGAUGCCGAUGAUUAACCAUCCAUCCCAGAUGGCUAACCAUAUGAAUCAUCAGAAUCAUCUUAACCAGACGAUGAUGAAUCAUGCGACGAUGAACAGCGGCGGUCUGCCGACGAUGCAGAUGGCCAUGCAGGGUGGCAUGUACGAUCACAUCCAUCCGCCGAACGUGAAUGUAAACGUGAACGGUGUCGGUGUGCCGAAGCCACCAGGGCCGGAGCAGCAGCUCGUGUAUCUUAGCGGUGGUCAGCAGUACGGUACGGUUCUGGCACCCCAGAGCCAGUACAUUCCGCGAAAUAACUCAGCGAUAAACACUUCGACAGCGAAGAAGCUUUGGGAAAAGGGUGGCACCAACGAUGUUAAGGUGGCUGCCGCAGCUACCGGUCCACUACCACCGCUACAACUGCACGGUACUACGGACCAUCAGGUAUGGCGCGAUUCUACCUGGUCAUCGCAGGGUGACGCCAUCUUGGCACCACGCCGCAUUUUCCAACACGCACCGGAAACAAAUCCUACUGGUUCGACCGGAAUCCUAAGCCCACGCGACUCCACCGGAGGAUUGGGCGUGAAGAUGGUAGAGUACGUGCUUGGUGGCUCUCCGACAAACAAAGAAAGUCCACUCGCUAGCUUGGACGCGCGCUUCAAGGGAUUGAAGUUUGAUGAUGGAGACAAGGCAUCGGAUGAUAAGGACAAAGCAAACUCACCGUUUGAAACGAACGGUGUAAAGAAGGAAGAGGUAGUGCCCGGUACAAACGGAGUCGUGAUGGUGAACGGCAUCGAUGACGACAAGGGAUUCAAUCACCUUUCGUUCCAAAGCCGUACGCCGGGUUCGCGCCAGCCGUCCCCUGCCGAAGAACAAUUGCCCCGUCCCAAUAUGCUUGAUCCGACCGGUGUGCAUGGAUCGGGAUUUCCGCAGCAUCCAUCACUGCACAACAUGCUCGGUUCGGCGGCACCCGGUGGUAACGAUGUAACGCAACAGGCGGCCGCCGCUGCCCUUGGCUCCUAUCAUCCGCAGAUGAUUAAUCAGAUGGGCCAAAUGGGACAGCUCGGGCAGAUGAACCCGAUGAAUCAAUUGAACCAGCUCAAUCAACUGAACCAGAUGCAGAGCCAUGUGAUGAAUGGUGUUGGGGGCAUACCGCAGAUUGCACAGAGCCCUAUGGUGAACCAGCAUGGACAGGGUCCGAGUCAAAUCGACUCGCCGGCGAAUCUUUUACAGCAACCUCAUAACUACGAAUUGCAGCAACUUUUCCGCUCGAACCCGGGACUUACUGCAGCGAAUUCGGCCGUCCCUGGUGCACCGAACGGUCAGCCACUGCCCCAGUCGGCCCUCUCGCUUUCGGCCGCCCAACAGCAGCAGUUCCUGCAGCACAAUGCAGCGUACGCUGCCCAGCAGGCUCCACCGUACGUUAUCAACCCGGGACAGGAUCCGUCCCAGUACAUGGGAGCCCUCAUAGCGGCCGGCGUACCACAGUACUAUGCACCGGCACCGUGGAGCGUAUAUCCGGCCAAUCUGGCCAUUCCUCAACAGCAGUCGCAACCUCGCCGGCCGCUCACCCCGUCGCAACAGGGUGCCGAAAAUCAACCGUACCAGGUGAUAUCGGCCUAUUACGACCAGAGCGGUUCGCUGGUGAUGGGACCACGCACCGGAACACCGAUGCGGCUCGUCAGUCCGGCCCCACCGGUUCUGGUACCGCCGGGUGCCGCCGGUCCACGGGCUCCCCAGGCGCCUCCGAUCUAUCCUCCGCAGCCACAGACCGCCCAGCAGAACGUCUACUCGGCCCAAAAUGGAUCCAACGUAGGAGGACUCGGUGCCUUGAACUCAUCAUCCCUGACCACGCGUCGGGAUUCGUUUGAUCGCAACACAUCGGCCUUCAGUCCCUCGCUGGACUACACCUCGGGUGCCUCGACCAACACGAUGGCGAUGAAUGCGGCCGCAGCCGUCGCUGCCAGUGCUGCUGCACGCAAGUGGCCUGUCGGUGCUGGAAACUACAGCGGUCUCGGUACGGUUGCCGCCGCCUCCGGUAGCCCGCUAGGACCAUCGCUCACACCACCACCCGUAUCCGGGCUCGGUGCCCUUGUGACAAGCCGUGCACCCGGUGCCGAGACUAAGUUCCGACAGGUAAAUCCUGGCCUCGUGCCCGGUAUCUCGACUGCCAACGCUGCCAUGUUUGGGUCGAACAAUUGUGCCGCACAGGCCAUUCUGUCACGGCUUUCCAGUGCAGUGGCACGUCCUACCGCUGCACCAGCAGCUGCUCCCGCAGUACCAGGAGCCGCACCAGGUCUUGACCGGCCGCCGGGUCGUUCUCGUCUGCUAGAAGACUUCCGCAAUCAACGCUACCCGAACCUGCAGCUGCGCGAUCUCACCAAUCACAUUGUGGAGUUUUCGCAGGAUCAGCACGGAUCGCGCUUCAUUCAGCAGAAGCUGGAGCGAGCGAUCAGUGUCGAGAAGCAGCUCGUGUUCAACGAAAUACUGGGCGCAGCGUACAGUCUCAUGACGGACGUGUUUGGCAAUUAUGUCAUCCAGAAGUUCUUCGAGUUUGGUUCACCGGAACAGAAGCAGGCACUUGCCCAGCAGGUUAAGGGGCACGUACUACCGUUAGCGCUACAGAUGUAUGGUUGUCGCGUCAUACAGAAGGCACUGGAAAGCAUUCCGGCGGACCAGCAGCAGGAGAUUGUCCGUGAACUGGAUGGGCACGUGCUGAAGUGCGUGAAGGAUCAGAAUGGCAACCAUGUGGUGCAGAAGUGCAUUGAAUGUGUCGAUCCGGUAGCGUUACAGUUCAUCAUUGACGCAUUCCGCAAUCAGGUGUAUUCGCUCAGUACACAUCCGUACGGGUGUCGGGUGAUUCAGCGGAUACUGGAACACUGUACGCCCGAGCAGACGGCACCGAUACUGGCCGAGCUGCACGCCAACACGGAGCAGCUGAUCCAGGAUCAGUACGGAAACUAUGUCAUCCAGCAUGUGUUGGAACAUGGAAAGCCGGAAGAUAAAUCUGCACUGAUUUCGAGCGUGCGUGGAAAGGUGCUGACACUCUCGCAGCACAAGUUCGCCUCGAAUGUGGUAGAAAAGUGUGUUACGCAUGCUACACGUGCCGAGCGUGCACUUCUGAUAGAGGAAGUGUGUUCAUUCAACGAUGCCGGACUGCACGUCAUGAUGAAGGAUCAGUACGCGAACUACGUGGUACAGAAGAUGAUUGACGUGUCGGAACCGACGCAGCGUAAAGUGCUGCUGCACAAGAUACGGCCCCAUAUGAAUUCGUUGAAAAAGUAUACCUACGGCAAACAUAUAAUCGCCAAGCUGGACAAAUUUUCGCUCAAGACUCCAAACUCACUUGCCGGUAACGGUGGUGCCGCCGGUGGAGCUGGAAACUCUGCCGCUAGUGCUGCCGCUGGGGCAAAUGCGAAUGGUACGACCGGUGGUCCCGUAACUGGUAACGGUACCGGUAGCAAUGGUACCGUCAAUGGUACCACCGGCGAGCUCACUGCCAAUGGUCCUACGAACGGAGCCGGUGUCAAUAACGCAGGUAAUGCUAACAACAAUGGUGCCGGUGCAUCGCCAACCGCUGGCACAGCCGGAUCCGGUGCCGGCAGUAAUGGUAACCCGGCAGUUGUCGGUGUCCCAGCAAGCAGCGGUGGUGUUACCGGCAGCAAUGGCACAAAUGCUGGUCUGCGCCCGAUCGGACCUCCAACCAAUGGAGUAAUGUAA